AACAUGAGUGAAGAUCUUUCACGCAAGAUCCGAGUAUUGUGUUGGGUGAUGACAUCACCAGCUCACUUGGAGUCUAGAACCAUUCACGUAAAGAACACAUGGACUCGCCACUGCAAUAAAAUUUUAUUCAUGAGUUCAACUGCAAGUGAAACCUUCCCAACUAUUGGACUAGACGCUAAAGAAGGCAGAGAUCAACUCUACUGGAAGACUAUACAAGCUUUCCAAUAUAUACAUAAACAUCACUUUCAUGAAGCUGACUGGUUCCUAAAGGCAGAUGAUGACACCUAUGUUGUGGUAGACAAUCUACGGUGGAUGCUAUCCAGCUAUACUCCAGACCAGCCAAUAUACUUUGGCAAGAGGUUUAAACCCUUUCUCAAGCAAGGUUAUAUGAGUGGUGGAGCUGGUUAUGUACUUAGCAAGGAAUCCUUGAAACGCUUUAUAGACGGGUUCAGAACAGGGAUGUGUACUCACAAAUCUUCUGUUGAAGAUUUGGAAUUGGGUGAUUGUAUGGAGAGGAUGGGAGUGAUAUCUGCUGAUACAAGGGACAGUGAAAAAAGAGAGACCUUUCAUCCAUUUACACCUGAAUUUCACAUGUCUGAACAUGUCAGAGAAGGUUCUUAUUAUGAAUACUGUUUUUAUCCUGUCAUAGAGGGUCCUCAAUGCUGUUCCGACCUGGCCAUAUCUUAUCACUAUGUUGAUGCUGAGCUCAUGCACACCUUAGAGUAUUUGACCUACAAUCUGAGAGCAUAUGGAUAUCAGUAUCGUUUCCAACCCCCAUUGCCAGAAAUAUUCCUCAGACGACAAAAUUCCAGUGCAAAUGUUUCUGAAACAGUAGAACCACUGGCGACGACUACAAAAUAA